CACGUAUUACGUGCUUAUAAAUCUUCCUGCCCGCCGUGACCGACAUCCAGACUAUCGGAUCUUCGGAAAAGCGCGCGUUUUAUCGACCGCGAUAAUUGACGUAAUCCACCUGUCAACGUCGAGCGUAGCGCGCUCGGUGCCACGCGGCGCGACGAACAAGAGCGUGGAUUUGGCUUUGGCUCGCUCGGGCGAUUUUGAGGUUAUGUCAGCCGACAGAUAUUCUCGAUUUUCGUCGUGAUUGUGUCGGGAUAUCGCGAUGUCGGUGCCGAAAGUGCCGCGGAAGGACACGACGGACGAGUGCCCGAUCGCACCCGACCUGGCGAGACAUUUCCGGGCGAACAACAAGAGUGGCAUCGUCAGCUGCCUCGCCCAGCUCAAGAGCGACCCUAAACGAUGCAAGGAGUUCGCUACGCGGAGCAGCAGCCUCGAUAUUCUCGUCCAGCUCCUGCGCUGCAAGAACGAUGCAAUAGUAAACAUGAGCCUGAGCAUACUCGCGGACGCUUGCAUGUCCUUUGACGUCAGGGAAAAGAUAAAACACAGCAAAAUUGGAAUUAAUGUAGUACUUAUAAUAAAAAAUCUCAAACUGGACACUAAGCUGCAUUGCCGUGCUUGCAGACUGGUCAGUAACUUGUCCGAAUGUAGGUGGCAUGUCAAAGAAUUAUGCGAUGCUGGAGUAUUGAAAGCACUUAUGCCACUCCUAAUAUUAAAAACCAAUAUGCAAACUUAUUGCAUGGCCAUUAGAGCUGUGAGGAAUAUCUGGAAUUUUUAUGUACAUAUCAGAGAAACAAUGAUCGAAUUGCAGAUUAUCAAACUGGUUACUCAAUUAUUCGUUAAGGCUGAAGAAAAAUCUUAUGAGAAUACUAAGUACACCGAAUUGGUGGAUGCAUGUUUGAAGGCUAUGUACGCGUUUCUUGUCACCCUGGAUCCGCGUUGCGGCGAGCAGAUGCAGGUAGAUAAGGACAAGCAAGGUUACAAGUGUCUCAUGCGAUGUUGCAACAAGGGAAAUAAUAAAAUGGCUAUCAAAUGCCUCUAUAUUCUCUGCCAAAUAGCCGAAUGUCGAUUGGAUUUAGGCAUUUCCGGCACGGUCGAGGAGAUCAUAACUUUGAUUAACUCACUGGAGAGCGGUUCUAAGGAACAAUUGUACAAAGAGAUAUUAAUUAGUCUGUGCCUGUUCUGUCGAGAAUCGGUAAAUCGGAACAAGGUCAAAAACAGCGAUGGAUUGCAGCUGAUCAUAGCAUUGCUGAACAAUUCCAAGCACAAACAUUAUCAUUCUGCACUGUUACAAGCUCUCGCACAAUUUAUCUAUGACGAUACUGCUCUCGAAAUUUUGGCCAAACAUGGUAUAUUGGAUAUCUUGGUGGCAAAAUUGAAGGACGUGAUUGCUAUAGCGGUGGACGAUGACAAGAAUAACGCAUCUAGAAAACGUUUCAGCGAUUAUCCGCCCGAAUACCAAAAAACGCCUUUGAAGUACACUCGGACUUAUGCGGAAAGACCGUCCAGGUUUAGUAUGGAUUUUUAUCGCGACGACUGGAGUCCGAGAAGUUUCACGAGUGCCUCCUCCUCGUCGCCACCAAGCACACCGCCCUUGCCGCUUUGUUCCGAUUCCAAUCCGGAAACUGACGACACCGAAGAUAACGACAUUUACAGUCCGAUCUGCAGUGACACCGAAUGCGGUGACAAUGACGAAGACGAGGAAACAACUUCUUUAAAGAGUUACAAAUCGUUGACAACUACCGAAGCCGAUUUCGAUUCACUCUCAACUAGUUCCGAGGCUCCCAGCAAGAUGAAUGCUUGUGAAUUCUAUACGUUGGUGUUAUUCAACAGUUUGAGUUUUUACCCAAUCGACGAGUUAGCCGAUUCUAAGAUCAUCAAACCGCUGACGAAUUAUAUAAAAUAUACGAAGAAACAAAACCUCCAAAAGUACCGAGUCACCGCGAUAAAAAUAUUAAUGAGGAUAAUGAGUAAUACGGCGUAUUUUCUACCGCUGCUGAAACAGGGCCUGGUAUUUGAUCUGCAGACUCUGCCGGAAGCGGAGGAUUGCACGCGGCGUUUACGCAUGGUGGCGGAGACCGGCGGCGCCAUCGGUCAGCUAUCGUUUAUAUUGCUACGCGGAGAAGACGAGCAAAAGCUGCUGACCGCGGUGUCGAUACCGCUUCUCAUAAAGACACAUCACAAUCUUAAAUGUUUAUUGGACAAAUAUGGCGGACUGCAGUUAAUAUUCCGCUUGCUCGCGGAAUCGUCUCACGAACUUCACGAAUCAGCGAUCUGGUCGAUCUGCCAAUUGGCGAGGACAUUGCAGCUCUAUCCGGCCGAUCCGUCGAUUACAGUCAUAAAAUCACUGAAGGCCAGCGAUUAUACGAGAUUAUCUCUCGACGAGACGACGGAUCACGCGAAGCCUACAGUAUCGUCGAUGGUAACAUUUGAAUUAGAUGAUGGCACGACAGUAGAGGCGUGUAAGCGAUUACUAUGCCGGCGCUCGGACUUUUUUUCUGCCAUGUUAGAAGGCAGCUUUAGUGAGUCGGGUAAGAGACGAGUGCGAUUAAAGAAUACUUCGCGCGACGGCCUAAACACAUUGAUACUAGCAGCAAAUGGUGCCGCCUUAGAACGCGAAAACAUUGAGUCAUUGUUGGACGCGACAGUAUUAGCCGAUAAAUAUCUCAUGUCGGAUCUUUUGGACGCGUUGACCGAGACCUCCUUAGCCAAGCUGAAUCACGAAAACUUCUGCCGAGCUUGGCGUUGGGCCAAAAGCUAUUCAUGUCAUGAAUGGAGGUCCUACUGCAUCAAGAGCUUCCUCACAAAGAUGUCAAGGAGUGAAACAGUGCAAGCGUUUCGCAAUUUCUAUACCAUCGAUAUUUUCGAUGAAUUCUUGCACGAAGUCAGGGACAUAAUCGAGUAUGUGUUGUGCCAAAAGAUUAAAAGACAUUAAAGACAUUAAAUGAUUCUUGAAUUCGGAGCAGUGCAAUUAUGACAGACAUAGAGAAUGCUUUGACGAUUUCUAAAAUAAAUCUUGGAAAAACGAAUUCUAGAUUGAAAAUGGAGUAAAUUUGUGGACAUUGUUACUCUAUUUGUUGUAUGAAUUUCUGAGCAGAUUCUUUGCAUGAGCUUGUGCCGUAAUUUUAAUUGCGAAAUCGCUCGAUAAUUAUAUAUAUAUAAUAUGUUUGUAUCAUUAUAAUCAUGUAUCUAGAUACAUAGAAACGAGAUGUAUACGCAUACAUUCAAAGCACAUUUGUAUAUAAUACAGAAAUACUUAUUUAAAA